GUUUAAAUGUUUGCAGCAAAAAGAAAAAUUGUUUUUAAUAUGGGCCUGCAUAUAACUUAACGCUUGAUGUGAUGUAACGCUGGACCUCCAAAAGUAGAUUUUAAAAAGGACUCAAGUAAAUGGAAGGAGCUGAAAUGAGGCAUAAAGAAAGGACAUGGCAAGAGAGAAUUGGGGGGUUGGACGCGGUGGAAGGAGAUGCCUGCAGAGUGGCUGCUGUGUACGUGGCGCUGUUCCAAGCGCUGAGAAUCCAAAAGUAAAAGUCACAGCUCUCCAAAGAGGUCAUAGCCUGUCUGGUAAGCAAUCAGGUAAGUUCGAUGAAAGCGUUAAGUAUUAUUAAGGAGGUGUGAGCACUAGGGGGUCAAAAACGUGUGGCGAGUACUUCCGCUGGGAUGGCAACUGGGAAGGCUUCCCUGAGGAGGUGACACUUGAUCUGAGGAGAGGCAGAGAAGAGAAAACUGGUGCGGGGAAAGAAGAAACAUCAACAAAGAAACCAGGCAAGGAGAUAAAGGGAAAAGAGGAAAGGCUCGAUGCUAUCGGCGCUCCCGAAUCCGGCGUCGACUGCUAAGGUCUGCGCGCGGUCACCGCCUCCUCAUUUCCAUACAGUCCCCUCCCCUCCCCGCGCCUCUGCCGCCCGCCCCGCCUGCGCGAGCUACGAGGCUUCGGUCUCGCAGCGGACGCCAUGUACCGGCUCCUGUCAGCCGUGACGGCCCGGGCCGCGACCCCCGGAGGCUGGGCCUGGGGCCGCGGGCGGCGCGCGGCUCACCACCGCGCUGGCCUGCCGCCCCUCGGCCCCGGCUGGGUCGGGGGGCUGGGGCUGGGGCUGGGGCUAGCGCUCGGGGUGAAGCUGGCGGGCGGGCUGAGGGGCGCCGCCCCCACGCAGUCCCCAGGGGCCCCCGACCCCGAGGCGUCGCCCCAGGCGGAGCCGCUGCCGCCGCAGGAGCAGCCCUUCGCUCCGUGGUCUGCACAGACCCAGAUGCUGCCCCCUACCCGGCGCUUCGCCAGAGCCAUCGACAGCAGCCGCGACCUGCUGCACCGGAUCAAGGAUGAGGUGGGCGCCCCUGGCAUAGUGGUUGGAGUCUCUGUAGAUGGAAAAGAAGUCUGGUCAGAAGGUUUAGGUUAUGCUGAUGUUGAGAACCGAGUACCGUGCAAGCCAGAGACUGUUAUGAGAAUUGCCAGUAUCAGCAAAAGCCUCACCAUGGUUGCUCUUGCCAAAUUGUGGGAAGCUGGGAAACUGGAUCUUGAUAUUCCAGUACAACAUUAUGUUCCUGAAUUCCCAGAAAAAGAAUAUGAAGGUGAAAAGGUUUCUGUCACAACAAGAUUGUUGAUCUCCCAUUUAAGUGGAAUUCGUCAUUAUGAAAAGGACAUGAAAAAGGUGAAAGAAGAGAAAGCUUACAAAGCCUCGAAGAUGAUGAAAGGGACGAUGGAAUCUGACCAAGAAAAAGAGUUCAAAGAAAAAGGAGGCAAAAGUAAUGAAAAGAGUGACUUUGCUAAAGCUAAGAUAGAGCAAGAUAAUGAUGCCAAAGGCCGGAAUUUAAAACCUGGCAAGAAAAAGAAUGAUUUUGAACAAGGCGAAUUAUAUUUGAAAGAAAAGUUUGAAAAUUCAAUUGAAUCACUAAGAUUAUUUAAAAAUGACCCUUUGUUCUUUAAACCUGGUAGUCAGUUUUUGUAUUCAACUUUUGGCUAUACCCUACUGGCAGCCAUAGUAGAAAGAGCUUCAGGAUAUAAAUAUUUGGACUAUAUGCAGAAAAUAUUCCAUGACUUGGAUAUGCUGACAACUGUGCAGGAAGAAAAUGAGCCAGUGAUUUACAAUAGAGCAAGAUUUUACGUUUACAAUAAAAAGAGACGUCUUGUCAACACACCUUACGUGGAUAACUCCUAUAAAUGGGCUGGUGGUGGAUUUCUGUCUACAGUGGGUGACCUUCUGAAAUUUGGGAAUGCAAUGCUGUAUGGUUACCAAGUCGGGCUGUUUAAGAACUCACAUGAAAAUCUUUUACCUGGAUAUCUCAAACCAGAAACGAUGGUUAUGAUUUGGACACCAGUCCCUAACACAGAGAUGUCUUGGGAUAAAGAGGGUAAAUAUGCGAUGGCAUGGGGUGUCGUGGAAAAGAAGCAAACAUAUGGUUCUUGUAGGAAGCAACGGCAUUAUGCCUCACAUACUGGAGGUGCGGUGGGUGCCAGCAGUGUCCUGCUGGUCCUUCCUGAAGAACUGGAUGCGGAAGCUAUAAAUAACAAGGUUCCCCCAAGAGGAAUAGUUGUUUCUAUCAUAUGUAACAUGCAAUCGGUUGGCCUCAACAGCACUGCUUUAAAGAUUGCUCUAGAAUUUGAUAAGGACAGAUCUGACAUAUCUUAACAUCACAGGUACAAAAUGAGCUGUUUUAUUCUUGUUGUCGUCUUUGGAAACAUGAAUCCCAAAAUACAUGAGGUUUUUUAAAAAUA